CAGAAUGUUCUUUCCACCCUAUUACCUUAACAAAGCUAUUAUUAACGCUCAUCAGUGUUACUAACAAAAGCGCUGCUAAACUAACUUUCAGACCUCCGAUCUCCGACGUCAGCUGUUGACCGUCGAAGUGCUCCUGAUGCUCUUCUCGGCGAGAUCUUUAACGAUCCAAGCGCAACAAGUCUAACAAAACUCAACCUCGAGGAUAGUGACAGUGACAAUGACGACUUUUCCGGUUCGGGUUCGGAACUGUGGUCGGGCUCGGGUGAGUUGCCGAAGCCUUCCGAAGACAGUAGCACACCCAGUGAAGCCGUGACGACAGACAACCAACAGGGACAAGCGACACAGACGUCGACACAAACAGACGCGACUUCCAAUACAACACCAAGCGAAAACACUAACAGCUCUAAUAACAGUAGCAGUGCUGACAUAAAAGACAAUACAAACAUCUCAGAAACCCCCGCUGCUACCCCUGAGAGUACUAACUCAGUGAAUUCUUCUACCGCAGCACAAACUGCUCCUCAACAAAGUUCGACGGAAGCGCCCAUGACGUCACCAGUGGUGACGCCACAGGGCGCCGACGCAAAGUUACCCUCUACUGAGGAUCAGAGCCAAAAUAAAGUUGUGCAGACAGAAGAGAGCGACAAAUCUUCCAGUGACCAGUCGACUCCCAAUGCUGAUUUUUUCCCUGCACAAACACAAAAUCCCUUGGAAAGUAUUCCUGAUAAUCCUGCUGCGGCCCUUGUGGGGCAGCAGUCGCCUGGGUUUGACGACAAUUCAUUAUAUGACCCCACAAUAGUGAAGAAAACAGAUAUUCCUGUUGCUGCAGAUAUGUUCUCCAAUCCUUUAGUUAACAAUACAAUGGACAUUCCAGGAACUGCUCGUUCAGCAAUUCCGCAGGCACCGGUGCUUGCGCCGCAGGCACCAGCCGUUCCUAAGGCAGCCAUUCCGUACAAGGGUUCCUUUCCAUUACAGCUUCAUAAAUACUCACCAUACUCAAAGCUGAUGAAAAAGAACAUGAUCGCAAAUACGGGCUUAAACCAGGAGGCCGCAAAGAAAUCUGUGAUACCGCUCAAUGCCGCAGGGGGUCUGCGGCCGCUGACGGUGAAUCUGCCUCAGCAGCAGCAACCACAGCAGCAGCAAGAUUCAACAAACCCUCAAGGCUAUCCUCAACCCCAAGCGCCAGCCCUUGAUGUCAACCCAGCGCAAAUGCCUUUUGGAGACCAAGCCCAGGCCCCUCCUGCUGCACAACCUUUUGCCCCAGCCCCUACUACAUCACAGUCUCUUGCCCAAGCUCCAGCGGAGGCCCCACUGCAGAGCCCGCAGCAGGCACUCGACCAAGCUCAGGGAGAUGUUCCCCAGGCUUCGGAACAAGCCUUUGCUCCUCAGGUGGCUGCUCCAUCUAAUAUGCAAAUGCCAGGGCCAGAAAAUGUCGCGGCUGCAUUUCCAAUGAAUACAACCAUGAAUGAUGCUAUGGCUGGAGCCAUACCUCAAGAGACAACAGGAAUUCCAGCCCAGGGUCUGCAGGUUGUGCCAGUCUAUCAGGGGUUGAAACCCAAAAAGCCUGUCAUAGAAGAAGAUCAAUGUGAUGAUCAGUUUGAUACUUGCCCUGAAAUGGCUAAGAAUGACUACUGUACUAAAUAUCCUGAUUUAAUGAAGAUUCAAUGCAAGAAGUCAUGCAAAUUUUGUGAGGUCAAGCACGGUGACGAGUCUGGGUCGGGAUAUGACGAGUAUGAUUCAGGUUCAGCAAGUUUGUACUAUGCUGAUGAAGCUUCCAGUUCCGGGUCCGGUAACUGGGAUGAUGAUAACGAUGAAGAUGACGACCCAGAAUAUAAAAAGUCUGGGAUUCCUCAACCAAUCCACAAAGUCCUGAUGGCAAAAUUUGCAGGAGCUGAUUCUGGAUCGGCUUCGGGCGCGUCCGGAAUGGACGAAUCAUCAGCUUCAGAUGACGACAUCGUACAGACUUCUGGUAGCGGUGAAGCGGCAUCUGGCUCUCAGAAGAAAAAUGAAGUCAAUGCGAUAGCAUCAGGAUCUGGUGAGGCCGCUGCAGCGCCGGUCACGGCGUCGCCAACUGUUGGAGCGGCUGAGAUUGGCUCCGGGUCUGGAAGUCUGGCUGAAGAUCUUGCAACUGGUACUGUAAGCAGAGCUAACGAAAAACACAGCUCAAUUCCGAGACCACAACCUCCACAAGUAUCAGUGUAUCCGAAGAUUGACCUGAAAGAGAUAGCCAAGGCUGUUAAUGUGUAUCGAGGUGUUGCGUUAAAGAUGCUUGGCGAGGCGCUUGAGGGCGCAGCAGAAGAAAAAGAGCAGGAACUAUCAAAGAAGUCUCACAUUCCACUUCCUCCUGCUACUGCCAUCUUGCAGAAGAUGGGGUUUCCCGUGGGAUACGAUGAUAGUGCCAAGAGGAAUAUGAUUCCAAACAUGAUGCAAUAUCCUAAUAUGAUGAUGGCUCCCAAUAAUGGAAUGAUGGGGUUCGUCAACAAUGGAUACGCAUAUAAUUAUCCACAACCUACUGGUAACGAACCUUUGGCCGACUUUUAUGGCCAGUACCAGCAGCAACCAAACUUUGCCAGGUCGGGCAUAAUGGCGACACCCGAAGAAGAAGAAGCAGAAAUACAGCAGAACGAUGACGAGGGAGCCGCACAGGAUGAGCAGCCCGAAGAGAUUCAGCCAAUUCAACAAGAAAAUGAGCCGGCCAAACAGCAAGAUAACGCAACAGAGACGGCGAAAGAGGUAGAGAAUCAGGAUAAACCAGAGGCAGCACAAAACAUGACUACCGACGACAAGGACAAAAAGAACAAAAUUGUCGACCCAUUUGAAUACGUUCGAAACAUGGGCACCGGAGCAUCGAUGGAGCCUAUUCGCUCGAAGACCGCCUCUAAUUUAAUAUCCUCACAUUCAGAUCCUCUUAUCUUAUGGAAGAAUUCUCAAAUACAAGCUCUCGCUACCUUAGCAAAAAAGAAAAGCGAUAUACCGCAGCCCGGAAGUGAACCUGCAACGCCUGCAGAAACCAGCAAUCAAGGAGCUUUCCAGUUCCCUCAGCAGCAGUUUAGAUCUGACAUUCCAGAGCAGAAUAUCACGAUGAGCGGUCUGCCAGAUAUGACAGGACAAGCCUUCCCAGAGUCGGCACCAGUCUUCCCGCAGUACACACCCCAAAGUGAUUAUCUGACACAAACCCCUGGCGAUGAUCUCGCUGCAAGAAGCCAAAUCGUACAAAGCCAGGCACCACAACAGCAACAACAAGCAUUAGGUUUACUUGCACGUCUCGAGCCACAGCAAGGCAACUCUACUUCCGCUGAUUUUAAAAACGCCAUCCCCGGAAGUAGUUUAGGAGUGGUGGUGUCAAAUCACAAACCUCUCCCAGGUUCUUUUCCGUUGUCACUACGCAAGAUCGUUCCCGGCAUGGCUCAGAAGAAGGAUGAACUGUAUAAACAAGUACAAGAAGAAAUCAACAAGAGCACCGUUCCCUCUGGUGCUGUGAACUUGUUUGGUAGUCAGAUAACCAACAAUCCUGCGAUCAGUAGUCCUGUUCCACAACCUACACAGAUGACUCCAGGCGUAUCCCGGUCUGAUCUCUUACCAGAAACUAACAAUCAGAGAUCCAACAAUCCCGCGAUCACAAAUCUAGUCCCGCAACCCGCACAGAUGAACCCAGACGCGUCCCGUUCAGAUCUCUUACCAGAAACUAACAAUCAGAGAUCCAACAAUCCCGCCAUCACAAAUCCAGUCCCGCAACCCGAACAGAUGAACCCAGGCGCGUCCCGUUCAGGUCUCUUACCAGCUAGUUUACCGACGGAUAACACGGAAACUGACAAUGCAGCAGCUGCCAUUAACGAGGCAUUCACAAGCCCCUCAAUACAAUCCCAGGACCAGCACUCUUCGGAUCCUCUGUUUGGCUCACUGAAUUCAAAGAUCACCACGUCACUGGAAAGUGCUGAUGAAACGCCAAGCGAUGAUCCAAUGGACAAGUUCUUCUCUCCAGAAGUACAAAUUUCGGGUAAAAUACCCAGUGGUGAAAACAUAGACGAUGGAAUCGCCGCUCCUGGAGCCUUCCGAGGACAGGUUUCUAAACCAAGUGACACAGACACGUCAUCUUCCGACACACAGAAAGGAACUGCAAAAGGAAAGAUUUCGGCUCCAAGUUCAGCCUCAGUGCUUCCACCACUUCACCAUGACGCGGAACAGGCCCAGAAUUUACCACCAUUGAAUCACGGGAUAGAAUUGGCUGGCGCUUUACCUCCGCUCAAUCAUAACAUCGAGACAGCCUCACCUUUGCCUCCACUGAAUCAUGGAAAGGAAGCAGCGGAGAAUUUACCACCCCUAAUGCACAGCAUUGAACAGGCCAGCAAUCUACCACCGCUCAAUCACGGGACUGACGCCCUUCAAAGUUUUCACAAUCUGCCACCUUUAAAUCAUGGGGUAGAACAGGCCGAAAACCUGCCACCAUUGAAUCACGGAAUGGAAAGUAAUGGUUUACCGCCUUUGAAUCAUGGCAAUAAUGAGGCGGCAGUGUUGCCACCUCUUAUGCAUGGCGUGGAGCAGGCUAAACAAGCUCCAAGUGCUAGCUUUGAAAAGCAAUCUUCACAAAAUGUUGAUGCUUUAGCUUCUUUCACAUCGCAGGUUGAAAACGCAGCGUCGUCAAGUAACAAUGGUAAGCAAUCUUAUCCAGAGUUACCAGUAGACCUAAAUGGGGUGGGAAGAAGUUCUUUAGUAAUGUCAAAAACUCACAGUGCUGACACUGCGAAUUAUUUCGCACCUCAACGAGUUCUGAACCAAUCAUUUGCAAACAACGGAGCUCUUUUGCUCAGGAAUUACUACAAUAUGAUGAUACCAGAGGUUCAAGGGAAGGAGUUUGUAGAUCGACCGUUGUCUAUUCCUAACGUUAAAAACGAAACAGUUGACCAGUCUGAAAAUAGGAAAGAAAUUCCACUUCCAGAAUGGGUGGAAAAUGCGCAGUCAAAAGCUUUGGUUCCCUACGCGUAUGACGAUACAAAAGAACUUCAAAAUCUUCUCAGUGCUGACCAAAUAUCACAAGGUAUGACGACCCCAACUACUGCAGUCAAGUUUGGAAUCUCUGGCACAUCAGGAACAGCAAGAGAUCCGCUUGCAAAUUUUCUGCGCAACUGGCAGACAAAUGCCACAAAAGAUUCCAGUUCAUACCCAUCAAAGAACUGGCUCGAUAACACCAGCAACAGGAAUUUUCCACCUGAUAACACCAUCGCUACAAACCCGGCUGUAAAGAAUGAAGACGUUUCAGGUAACAAAAAGAACAGAUCAUCACUAAAGCUGGAAAUUGCAAAAGAAAAGGCUGAAAUUGUGGACUCGUUAGGAAAACUAGAAAAGGGUUUAGAAGAUGCUCUUGCUGAAACAAGAGAAAAUGUCCCAACGCCGCAACCACAAGGAUACAACUUUGGAAACAGGCAGGCGCUCCAAGUUCGGGUUCCUACUCCUGGUCCAUCGGUCGGAGUUGGAAGAUUCACUGGAUCUGCUGUUCAAUUUAACCCAACGUUAAAUAACCUAACUAACACUGGGAAUCCCCGAAUUAAUUCACUUAAAUCAACUGACGUGUCCCAGACUCCUAGUGUUGGGACUAAUUCAAUAAUUAAUAGUUAUAAUGCAGUCCCGGUCAAGCCCCAGGAACCAAUUUUACCCUAUUUAACAAAUGUAAAUCCACCAAAGGAUAACGAUGAGUUCCAAAGACAGCGUCUGGCGCCUAAUCAGAUAGCUAACGAAUUGACAUCAAAUGUAAACCUACAAACGCAAAGCCUGAGGUUUAAUCAAGCAGCAGCUAAACCAAACAGUAAUGGACUUUCCCAGAUACAGAAUCUGGGUCUUAACGUGGUUGCUAAUCAACCUAGAAACGGUACAGAAUUUGAUGAUGGUAAUCCAGUAACUAGCCAACCUCCAUAUAACAGUGAGUUUAACUUACCUAACUUUCCUUCUCCUAACCAGCAGUAUGUUAACCCAUAUCUUAACCCAGGUGAAAUGAUACAGAGCUACGUUGGUAAACCUCCCUUGACUCCCCCUCUUGAGCAUGCGUACCCUAUGAGUCAUGAGCAUGAGGCUCUUCUUCCGCCAUUAAAUCACCAGCAACUUCCGCCUCUCAACCACAAUGACUUGGUAGCUACCGAAACCUCCAGGUAUACCGGAAGUGACGUUAAUGCAUUCCCGAACCAAGGUCAAGCAAGGUCCAAUCCUGCGCCACCAAUAUAUCCCUUCACCAUCCCCCCUGAAGGACAGCAGGAGAACCAAGGUUACCAUGGUUACCAAGGAAGCGAAAACAACAACGAUGCCAUAAAGACUAGUUCCCAGGCCUCUGCUCGAGGAUCUCUGCCAUCAGCACAGUCUCCCUAUUAUCCACUCCCUAAAUCAGCUAACCAGCAACAGAAACCGUGUGAUAAUGGUGAUAACUGGUGUCCUUACCCGUGGUACCCAGUACCACUGCCACCAGAGGGACAGCAGAGCGAUCCAAUCAACCAAAGGACUCAAACAAACCCCAAUCCAACUAACAACAUUGGCAAAAAGAACUUAAUUCGACCUAAACCAGACCUUCAAUGCGGCGCCGGUUGGACUGGAGCUCUCGGUGACUUUGGUUCAUUUUGUUACAAGGAGAUUUUUGAACAUAAAACAUGGGACAACGCUCAUCACACAUGCAAAGGUCUUGGCGGUGAUCUUUUCAGCGUGACUAACGCCUAUGAACAACGUUUUCUUGAAAACUUCACCAAUAUUGAAUCUUGGUUGGGAUAUCGGGACAAAUCCCGGGACGGGACGUGGACUUGGAGUGACUCAAGUCUGUCCGUGUUUACCGACUGGGACAGCAGUGCUAAGGACGAUCACGGCAAAGGUCGAGACUGUGUCUUGCUAAGUUCUAAAGAAGGCAAAUGGAAAGAUGCAUCAUGUUCACAGACUCACGAAUACCUUUGCAAGAAAAAGGCCGAAGAUUGCAAUAAAGGCUGGAAGAAGCUGACCCUUAACUCAGUCCGCGGAUGUUAUAAAUUAUUCAAAGAACCAAAAACGUGGGAGCAUGCGCUGGUGGCAUGCAUGGAUGAGCAGGCGUCAUUAGCAAGUAUACUCAGUGAUGAUGAAGAAACCAUGAUAUCGCAGGUGUAUUCUAAAUCUGACUUCUGGAUUGGUUACAAUGAUAUUGACAACGAGGGAGACUGGGUCUGGAGUGACCGCAUGACGUCUUCUUACACCAACUGGGACGACAAGUCACCUAACAAUGGUGGUGUGUCAUGCGCGAUAGUGACGAGGACCGGAAAGUGGCACGACGAACCAUGUCAGAGCCAGUAUAGCUUUAUUUGUAAAAAGCCAAGUCCCAAAGGUCCUCAUCAUCCACUUAAUGACGCAACUUUGACUCAAGAAGUUGAGAAAUUUGUCUCUAACAAGUCAUUACUGAAUCCCAACAUCGAUACAAGCGUGACCAUAUUUGGAAGGCAUUCAGUGACUCCUCAAUACUUAUGGACGGUGCAAAAGAUCUUUAACAGCCGCAUUCACGGAUCAAACCCAAUUGCCACCCAUGGUAACUUGAAAUCAGUGGACGGUGGUCUUCAACUCAAUGGAGUGGAUGCAUGGCUUGACGCAGGGGAUUACUAUGGACAGUGCUUGGGUGAUCCUGAUCUCUGUAUUAAGGGAUUCUCUUUUGCGUUACAGCUUAAUUUCGACGACGACGCUUUGUCUUACAAAGACAAACGAUAUGUUUUGGACUCUAGCGGAAACUCGCGAGGUGUGUCAAUCUUCAUUCAAAAUGGCUCUUUGUUUUACAAGGUUGUGACCUCGACAAAAGAAUGGCAACUUUCAAUGGAGCUCGUAACCAAUGAGUGGCAGGAUAUCGCGCUGACAUGGAAGAAAGAGGAAGGGCUAAUGCUCUAUGUUAAUGGAGCAUUCAGGGACUCUCUGAAGGAUGGAACAGUAACAAGUCUGAUACCGAACAAGCAGGCACGACUUACCAUUGGUAGAAAGAGUGGAAACCCGCCCUUUAAGUAUACAAGAAUGUACAUCAGUUCGCUCUACGCGUUCACUCGUUUCCUUGCACCAGAGGAUGUGCCGUAUGUAUUUACGUUUGAUAAUACAGUUGUUCCACGCUACAUGUGGCUUUUCCCUAAGCUUGAAGAUAAGAAAGUAACAGGCAGCCCAGAUAUCGAAGUAAACGGACCAGUGAGAGCAGUGGAUGGAGGCGUACAUCUCGAUGGUCAGGGAUCUUUCCUGAAAGUUGGAAGCUUUGACAGCAAAUGUCUUCAUGAUCCUUCCAAGUGUCCCGAUGGACUCAGCUUGAGCUGCAAACUUAAGUUCAACCGGGUUGUACGAACUUACAAAGAGCCUCAUUACAUUUUGGACUCCGGUGGCCAUAAGAAGGGAACCAGAGGCCUGUCUGCAUAUCUCCUUAACAAUAAUUUGUACUUCAGUGUUGCCAUGAGUACUGAUGAGGACACUCUGACUUGGACAGUUAGAACGUCUAUUUUUACUGUCAGAUGGCAGCGUGUCGUUCUGAGUUGGAGUCUAUCUGACGGUCUCUGGCUUUACACUGACAGUCAGUUCCGAGGCUGGACCAAGACUCCUAAGAGCGUACCACGUGACUUGGUGACCGAGAGUGCAGACUUUAUUGUCGGUCGUAAGAAUGUUGGACCCGACUACUCCCCAGCAGAGUUCUCCAUUGGCUCUCUCGCAGUCUUCCCGAGGUUCCUUGAGAAGAAAGAUGUCGAGAAAAUAUUCAGUGGAAAGAAGAUGCCAUACCCAGGCCUUAUUCGCGAAGUGUGGAAAGAGCUGCCCGGAAAAUCAAUCAACAAACUCAAAGACGAUCCCUACUACCCUAACGACCCCUCGCUUAUUGAGAUCAUUGAAAACUUCGACGCUCCUUUUGACAUUGACAAAGACUACGGUAGUAGGGUGAAAGGAUACUUCGUGGCUCCGGAAACUGGGAACUACACUUUCUACAUGUCCGGGUCACAGAGCGGUGAACUGUGGAUGAGUAGUACAGAGAGCCAGCAAAACCUGACUAAACUGAUUUCUCUAGAUCAAGCAACCGGUCACAACCAGUGGAACAAAUAUGCCGGCCAAAGCUCCAAAUCUGUUACAUUAGAGGCUGGUAAAUAUUACUACGUCGUUGGACUACAGAAGGGCACAGAGUCAACCGACUCACUCUCCGCUGGGGUACGUUUGCCCAGCGGUCGCUUCAUGAGACCUAUCACGAAAGAAAUAUUACAGUGGAGAAUGCCGGGUGAUCCAUUCGCUGGUGUAAUCCGUGAAGUUUGGCAAGACAUCCCUGGCUACAGAAUAAUGGAUCUCACUUCUAAUCCAAACUUCCCAAACAACCCAUCAAGUAUUGAGGUGUUGGACAAAUUCGACGCACCACAUAAUGUUGACGAUAAUUACGGCUCAAGAAUACGAGGUUUCUUCAAGGCGCCAGAGAGUGGACUAUACAGGUUUUUCCUGGCUGCCGACACCACUGGAGAAUUGUGGCUCAGUUCAGACGAGACAGAGAAGAACUUGAAGAAAGUUGUGGCAAUAAAUGGUUGGACAGCUCAUAACGAAUGGCUCAAAUUCCCGGAACAGAAGUCUGAACGUAUUCACCUGAAGAAAGGUAAAUAUUAUUACCUCGAGGCAUAUCAGAAGGCAGAUAAGCUGGCUGACUGUGCAUCAGUGGCAGUCGAGCUUCCUAGUGGUCAUUUUGAGGGACCAAUCAAAAGAGUACAUUUGAGCUGGCGGUUACCAGAUGGAAGAACUGGUCCUGGGCCAUCUUCAGAGGAAGAAGCUAUACCCAAGCCAGUUGGUUUGUAUCCACUAAACAAAGCAUUUGGUGCUAAGGAUGCAGGACCUAACCACGAAAAUGGAGUACUCAGUAAUGUGGACCUCAGCACGGGCCCUGAUGACAAUGAAGAUGAAGCCUUCGAAUUCAAAGGUACGGCAGAUUCAUUUGUGGAGAUUCCCAAUGACGGCAAGCUGGACACACAGAACUCCAUGACAAUCCUCGCUAACGUCUACCCCACCGGUAGUGGGGGACCCAUCUUAAAUUACAAAACACAUGGUUGGGGAGUCCAUCUUUGGCAGUUUGAGUCCACUGAGCUAUUUGUGCGAUUUGUGCAUCGUAAUGGAGUUUUCCAUAAGCCAAUUGCGUCGAGGGUGUUACAGCUGAACGAGUGGAAUCAGGUCGGUGCAACAUACGACAACACUACUGGUGUAGCGCAACUUUGGCACAAUGGUAAGAUGGUAAAGAGUCGUAAUAUCGGUCAGAUUAAACUUGCUACCCAGUAUCCAAUCAGGAUCGGUGCCAGGGAUGGAGACGAGAGGAGGUUCACUGGAAAGAUUUCAUGCUUACAAAUUUACAACAAAGCAUUGGACGAGCAACAGAUUGGAAACCUUAAGAGUUGUCCUGUCAAAGCAAAGAUCUUAAAUGAUGACGAGCUGGACUCGGGUGAUGGCUCAGCCUCAGGAGACUGGGACGUUCAUGAUUUAGAUUCAAGUGCCGUGGAUAUUUCACACAAUGCCGGUAAAUAUGACAAGGACGAAGAGGCUGAUGACGAGAUUCAGGGAUCAGAGUCCACUUCAGGGAACAAGUGCGACCCAGAACCAUGUGAAAAUGGCGCCAAGUGCAUCCGGGAUAAUAAGAGGAUGGAUGGCUACCGAUGCAAAUGCACUUCUGAUUUUACAGGACGGAACUGUCAAGUUUCCAAGCCAGAUGCUGAGAAUCCUAUCGUAAAGAAGGCAAAAAUUCCUAAACCUGAACUGAAGAUCGGAAAUGAGGAUUAUCAAAAGAAUGCCAGUGCCUUAAAUCUGAUUGAAAACCUACCAGAAGAAAAGAAAGAAGACGUGCUCUUACUUUUCCAAAAGGUCGGCUGUUACAAGGACGAGAUUGUAAAACAUGAUCUGCCGGACAGAGCCACAGUCAAAUCCGUCACUCAGGAAGACUGCGUACGAUCAUGCGCACUGGAAGAAAAAGGAUACUCAUACUUUGGACUUCAGGACGCUGACAAGUGUUUUUGCGGGCAUCGCUAUGGAAAGUAUGGCAAAGCAGAUGAGGCUCUCUGUAACAUGCCGUGCAAGGGAAAUGACAAAGAGAACUGUGGUGGUAAUUCUACAAAUAUGGUCUACUUCUUUGGUUUAGGUACUAAUUACACUAUAACUACUUCAACUGGUGACAUCGAUGGAGCUGACACAGACGCUAAAGUAUACAUAACCUUAUAUGGGGAGAAAGGCGAUUCGGGAUUCAGAAAACUGGACACUAAACAUUUUACAAGGGGAAAAAAUGAUACAAACACUCUCGUAUUACCUGACCUCGGUAAGCUGAGGCAAGUUAGAAUUCUACACGAUAACUCAGGAUCAACUCCAAGCUGGUUCCUGGAAAAGGUGACAGUGACAGAUGAAAAUGGUCGGACGUAUGAGUUUCCUUGCAAAGAGUGGCUGAGUGAAACACAAGGUGGCGGCAAAACAGAACGACUUCUCAGACUGCAACGUACAUAGUGCCUAUUCUGCAUGCCGUUAAGAUGCGUGCACUGUGACAUGAAGAACCACUAACAACGGACUGUGACCACUGACGUCAAAGACAGACAAAAUACAGUAGACAAGUCACUUGGUCGAAGCAUGAUAAAACGUCAGGCCUUUCGCAACUUGCAAGGCACUCCUCUUCAAUGCAGAUUCUUUUCUGAAGCUCUAAAUGAUUUUUAACCUUUUUUGUAUUUUAUAGAUGACUUAGCACAGAGCUCUUGAGUGCAAGCUCGAGUGUUCUUCAUCGAUCAUUCUCGGACCGAUUGCAUGUAGUCUUUUUGUUUUUGUUUAACGAUAUCUCUAGUAGGGGGCUGAUUAUUUUCUCUAACCGGCGAAAGACUUCAACCCUUAGUUUAUUAAAUGAACGACGCCUUGAAGUACCUGACUUUUAGCCAAACGGUAUCAGGAAAAAGUUGGACAAAAGGAAUGAUAUCAUUUUGUGUAUGCAGGCAAAACAGAUCAGAAUAUCCCAACUGUAUCACUAAACGGAAAACGUCGGGUUAACAAAACCUCCUGUGACAUGCCAUCUGAGACGGUAUUAUUUUGAAAUAGGGCAUUACUUUUAAGUGACAACGUUGACCUAAAGAAUUGCGACGAAUCGUAGUAGACAUGACAGCUCCUAAAGACGACAUUCGACUGAUUUAUUGAUGCACGCGAUUCCAAGUAUCUUGACGCAUCUACCCUCUUUGAUUGGAUCGAAGUAACAUUGGCAAACCUAUCUACGACAGCCUACUUUGGUAGAGGUUUUACAUAGUGCUCAUGAAUUCGGCCGGUAGACGUUUUCUUGUUUGAAGAAAGACUGAAACUAGACUGAGAAGGAAGACUGAAGCUAUUAUCAGAGGACUCGGGCCGACUCGGUUUAGAGUUCGACAUAUUGUUUGUGCAUUAGAGCACCAUAAAAAUAACCUGUAGUAAUGAAAAAAAAAAAACAUACCGCUGAGGAGUGCCUUCCAUUAUCAAAGGAACUUUGUGGCGAUUGAAGUUAUUUGAAACAUUGUAGGCGCUUCCAUUCAACCCAAACUGAAUUCCGAAAAUUUCGAAACAGGAACAAAUGGCACGGAAAUUUCAGAUAAGAAAUUUCCGAACGGAAAGCGCCCUGUGUCUCAUAUGAGAUGGUUGAACCUGGCAACGGGGUAUUGAUCACUUGUCUUUGUUGCCUUGGCAACACUGUUUACCGUCUGCAGAUGAUAGGGAAAAAAAGACUUUGAAAUAACAUGAAAUGAGGUCAUGUCAGUUUUAGUUGAUGUUCGUGGAGACAAAAUUCAACUGAAUUCUUAAAACCAUUCACUCCCUCUUAGUGCGUGAGGGAGAAAAUAUUUUCUUGAAUGGAUGUAAAACCAGGCUACCACUCGUCGCGACAUUUUCUGUCUUUUACAGUGUAUUUCUUCAGUAUUGAAGAUUGAUGGUCAAAUCUCGCUCCUUUCCCACGCCAUCAACGAACAGUCAUCAUUGUCACCUACUACUUCUUCAAAUCGCGGACCAAGUGACCAAGUGUCACGUGGCUAAUCAUGUGACAAUAAACAGAGAACAAUAAGGUUACCAUAAGCUUCAUGUAUGCCACCAUAGAGAAUACCUCAGUGAUUAAGUAUCUUUCAAGGAUUGUAAUGACAUUGUACCACAAUGGUAUGUUCAACAAUGAAACUGUAAAUACUGUACAAUAAAACUAUAUUUAAUUGUG